AUGGAUGACGAACUCGUUCAGGUCCUCACCAACACCCAAUCUCCCGACCAACCAGUCCGCCAUCAGGCUGAGCUAGCUCUCAACCACGCCAAAUCUAACCCCGCCUUCCCAGUCUCGCUUGCGAACGUCGCUGCCCACACAUCUGUCGAUACCUCCGUUCGCCAGGCUGCUCUCUCCUCCCUUCGAUUGUUUAUUGAGUCGAACUGGAACCCCGAUGAUCAAGAUGUCGAGCCCGUAAUUGCCAUUUCAGACGAGGCUCGGGCCCAGCUCCGGCGGAUCUUGCUGGAGCUCACCCUGAGUCCGGAGGAGAACCGAAAAGUUAAAAUCGCGGCGAGCUAUGCGGUCGGCAAGAUGGCGAUUCAUGAUCUCCCGGACAAGUGGCCCGAGCUGCUACCGAACCUUCUCUCCAUAAUACCCACCGGUACCGAUGCUCAGGUCCACGGUGCGCUAAGGACCAUCUCCGAUAUCGUCGAGGACAGUUUGAGCGAGGACCAGUUCUUCUCCAUGGCCCGCGACAUUAUCAAGGCCCUGACUGUUGUUGCCCUCGACGAGAACAGGACUCCUACCAUCCGCUCCCUUUCUGUGUCCGUCUUCCGCUCGUGUUUCGAUCUGAUGGAUAUUGUCAAGGAGGAGCACCCCAAGGAGGUCAAGGCCUUCGGAGAUGAGCUUUUGAAGGAGUGGGGACCUUUCUUCCUCCAGGCUCUCAAGGCAAGGUUACCCAACGAGCCCGUAACGGCGUCUUGUCAGCCCCAGUCCUGGAAUGGUCUCAUUAUGCUCAAGCUGCAAGUCCUGAAGACUCUUCUAAAGAUUAGGACGGUGCUCCCUCAAUUGAUCUCUGCUCAGGCGCUUGACUACUUUAGUGCCGUGUGGGAGGAACUUCUGGCUCUCCAGGGACCCCACAAGGAGCUAUACCUUGAUAAUAACGCCCAGGACAGACUGGAGGACAUCGACAACCUACCCUAUUCCCUCGACUUCUUGAUCCUCGAGGAGCUCGAUCUUAUCCACCAAUUCCUUCGUGCACCCCCUGUGCAUGCCCAGCUUGAUGCUCAGCUCCAGGCUCACCCCUCGGCCCAGGAGACCCCCUGGUUGACCGAGAUCAUGAAGACUCUUGUCGCUUUCUCACGCAUCACCCAGGAAGAGGAAGGAUUGUGGGAUAUCGACUGCUCCCUUUACCUUGCCGAGGAAGCAUCAGCUUCGGCCAACUAUACCUCGAGGACCGCUGCGGGAGAUGUGCUGAUCAAGCUCGGCGAGACCUAUAGCCAGGCUGCUCUCGACGGCUUGUUCGGUUACACGCAGACUCUAUUCACUGGAGAGGCCGCUGGCGAUUGGAGAAGUCAGGAGGCCGCACUCUAUCUCUUCAACAUGCUGGCCAGCGACUUCGACGAUAUGGGCAAGACCAUUCCGGAGCAGACGGCCCGCGCUUACCUAGCCCUUGUCGACUAUGCCAUCAACCAAGCCGAGUGGCCCCUCUUGCGCGCUCGGGGCUACUUGGUUGGUGGUACCCUAACGCGCUCCUUCGCCACCCCAGAUACGCUUAUUGAGCGAAUUCUUCAAUGCAUCAACAGCGAGGAAGCCGAGGUGGUCAGAGUUGCGUGCAUCAAGGCCGUCGAGCAUCUGGUCCGCGCCAAGCGUGUCACUCCUGAACAUCAAAUUCCCAUUAUCCAAGCAAUUUCCCAGUACAUGCAGAACAAGGAUCCCGAGGACAUGGAGGAUGCCGAUGAACUUCUCGUGACCAUCGCGGAGUCCCUGCGCCUUGUCAUCAACGUGGACCAUCGGGUUGCCUUGGCCACGAAUGUACAGCCCGUUGACAUUCUUUUCACUCUCGCCAGACACGGAGCUUCUAAUUUCCAGGUCACUAUGAUUGUCACUGAGUCGUUUGAAGAUAUCGUCCGUAACCUGACGGAUCCGACCUCCUAUACCGCCCUUAGUGCCAAGGUGCUUCCUAUUAUUACUGCUGCAUUUGAUGUUGCAAACCUCACCCAAGACGAUCCCCUGGUCACGGUUGCCGUAGAGCUUUUAGUCGUGUUGAUUCAGCACGGUACCGAACCUCUACCUCCAGGCUUCAUUUCCGCCACUUUGCCCAAGCUGAAGAGGCUCCUCAUGGAGGCUGUUGAGGGCGAGGUGCUGAGGCCUGCUGCCGAAUCGCUGAAGUACUUGCUCAUGCAUGACCACCAUCAAGUCUUCGGAUGGCACGACGAGUCGGGUCAGAGCGGUCUGGAUGUCUGUCUUCUGGUGAUCGACCGCCUUCUCGGAUCUGCUAUUGAGGAUAAUUCGGCGUCUGAAGUUGGCGGCCUGGCAGCUGAGCUAGUAGAAAAGGCCGGACACGAGCGCCUCGGUCCGUAUCUGCCUCAACUUCUUCGAGCGGUCGCGACUCGACUUUCCACUGCCCAGGCGGCGCCCUUCAUCCAGUCUCUGAUCCUCGUCUUUGCGCGCCUGUCCCUGGUCGGCGCUCAUGACGUCGUGGAGUUCCUUAGCCAGAUCCAAAUAGGCGAUCAGAGCGGCCUUCAUGUUGUACUCGGAAAAUGGCUGGAGAACUCGGUCAACUUUGCCGGAUACGAUGAAAUUCGUCAAAAUGUUAUCGCGCUCUCGAAGCUGUAUUCACUGAAUGAUCCACGGUUGUCACAGACUAUGGUCAAGGGAGACCUCAUUGUCACAGACACUGACCGUAUUAAGACGCGCUCGAGGGCCAAGCAGAACCCAGAUCAAUACACCAUCAUUCCCGCUUCGCUCAAGAUCCUCAAGGUUCUGAUUCAAGAACUCCUCUCGGCAUCGGGUAGUGGUAGGGCCGCUGCCACUGCUGCCGCGUUGGCUGCCGCAGCUGAACUCGAGGAGGACGACGGCGACGACAACUGGGAGGAUGAGCCCGAUAGCGUCGAUCUCGGCCUCGGAACUUCGAAAUCCGACCUCUACGCUUUCAUUGAAAGCAGCGGCAGCCGCCAGCAGGAUGACGAAACCCAGGCCUACCUCACCGAGUUCUUCGUGUCUGCGGCGCGUGACAAUGUAGCCAACUUCCAAGAGUGGUACACCAUGCUCACGGACGAGGAGCGCACCAAGCUGCAGGAGCUGGCGUCGCAACCUUCUGCCUAG